AAUACAUACACUCGUUCUUCAACCCAGCCACCAACCAGUCCCUAGCCCCCGUACAUCCUCUCGAAGAUCUCGGUGUGUGUGUGUGAGAGUGUGUGUUCCGUUCCAUCUCGUAUCUUGUUCUCCUCGUGAUUCCUCAUGAGAGCUGAAUGACGCGGCGUCGACCUCCUGCCGCUCCUCAGUCCGUGACUCCCGUGAUCACCAACUACUGGCAAGUGCGAUCUGCGGCGGCCGUCAUGACCAAAUCUAGGACCAUCGCCCCUCAAGAAUGGAUCCCUGACUACUUCUCGCCCGUGAUUUCCGUGUUAUCCUCGCCAGAUUGCGAUCGCUUGGUAGGAAAGAACAAUCUGACCCUGACCGAGCUCCUGCAGCCCUUCACCAAGCUCCUCACCGAGGUUACCCUCAAAGACCCCGAAGGCCACAAUCACGGACUGCCGGCCUUCUCCGUGACCUUGCAGGACUUCAAGAAGGAUCCCACGCGGUUGAUCAAUCAGAAAUUGAUGCUAGAUUUGGUGGAUGGGUGCACAGACGAACCAUCGGUGACUCGGACCUUUCCCAAUGGACAGACUUUGGAAGCUCCGGGAUUCACGCCUUGGUUCGAUGUUUGGACCAAGCUCUUUGUCCAUUCUAUUCCAGCCGUGGAACACGAGUAUCUACGGCACCAUUUGGGCUGUGUGUUUGCCAUCUCGUCUACAUGUGAAGCGCCCUUGGGUCAGAUUCAGGCCUUGGUGGAUCAACAAUACAAGCAUCAGCAUGACAAGCCCCAUGCUUACCCGCAAUUUACUGCCCCGCAGAGUUUGAAAUACUAUCUACUGGUGCACGAUGUGUAUGAGGCCACCGAGGCUCAAGCUCAGGCGGUGUUGGUCCAGAUGCAAGAGGCCUUGGGUAGUGCCAAUUGCCAUUUGUUGCAGAUCAAUUCGCGGAAAACUCAGAGAGAGGCGCCCAAUCCGGCUUUGGUGGAUUAUUGGUUGGGUCCGGGUCAUCGGUUUUGCAAUAUUGACGCACGAAGGGAAGGGGUGGGGCCCACGAUUAUUACUACGGGCGUGACCAUGCCGGUGGAUCCAAUGGAGGAGAAGGCUGGCCGGGAAGAGGGCGAGAAGGCGGAGCCGAUGGCGCACCCUUUGGCGCAGAGUGAGAAGCCGGACUCGCCAAUUCCGCCGGUUGUGACCGCGCCUGCCAGUCAAUUGAAGCCCGUCAAUACCGGCAACAUUGCUCAGUUGUUGACGAGUAAUGAUAUUGAUCGCAUCCGGAUUCUGGUGCGAGAGUUUUGCAUUAAGGGAUUAAUUCCCCACGCCGAGCGCCAAAUGCGUCAAUUAAGCGAGAUCGUGACGAAUCGCAAGAGUCGCUCUCUGUUCAGCGGAGCCAAACGGUGGUUCGGUCAGAACAAACCCGGUACAACGGGCGGCACAAGUGUGGUCUACAGCAAAGAGGCCCCGGAGCUGCAGAUGCGCAAAUUGGGCGAUCUUUACUUCAUGUUCAAGCUGUACAAACAAGCCUACAACUGCUAUCAUUCCGUCAAGAAAGACUUCCAGAGCGAUGAGGCCUGGAAUUAUUACGCCGGCGUGGCCGAGAUGUGUGCUUUGUCUCAAUUCAUGCAGAAUGAUCCCACGAAGAAGUAUCCCUCACAUUACAUGGAGGAUAGCAUCAAUAAGUAUCUGCAAGUGUGCCAGAUGCCGGAAUUCGCCGUUCGAGCCACCUUAUUCGACGCCUUGUGCCUGAAAUUCCAAGGAUUGUUUUUGGAGGCCGCGGGAUCGUAUAUUCGCCUCACCAAUGAGACCAAGGAUCUCCGGAGCAGCUUGCUCUUGGAACAAGCUGCCUAUUGUUAUCUUCUGGCAUCUCCGCCUUCCAUUCGAAAGUACGCCUUCCACAUUAUCUUGUCCGGCUAUCGUUUUUCCAAGAGUGGGCAAAAGCGGCACUCCUCUCGCGCUUACCGGCAAGGAUUCCAGAUCUAUCAGGGCCAAGGUUGGGGACUCUCCGAGGACCACAUCCUCUACACUUUAGGUCAUCAAUCCCUCUUGCUCAAGGACUACGUGACAGCCUCGCAAUUGUUCAAUCAAUUACUUCUCAUGCCGCAAGACUACCUCCCGUCACUCCAACAGAUGUGCCAUCUCAGAGAGUUCUUCAUCGUCCACCACAUGAAGGAGAAAGAGACCAAGCAUCAAAGUGCCGAAAUCACCAUUCCCAAAUUUCAAAUCCAAGAUUGUGUUCUGGAUUUGAGUCAGGCCGGCGAGACGUAUGAUCGCCUGAGUGAGGCCAAUCCCAAGGACUCGUUCCAGCGCAUGGAACGCGUAUUUCUGGAACGAAUAUCUGGCCAUGAGGUCAUGUUCCUGGCACGCACGUGCCAGUCCGUGUUCUCACCUGUUUCGUAUGUGAAUCUCGUGCCUCAGAGCGUCGUGGGAGAGCCCAUUCGUUUUAUGGUCCCAGUGUCCAAUCCAUUCUUGACCACGUUACUCUUGAAGAAGAUCCACUUGUUGUGGCGAUUCUCUCCGGACGACCAAAGUGAGUCCAUCAGUAACGAUAAGAGCAGCAGCUCUAACGCGGAAGAUGUGGUCAAAACCGAGCUCUUGGAUUCAAUCACGUUGGAAAAGGGCAAACCAUGCAUCGUGGAUUUGAAAGUGACUGCCCUUCAGCCCGGCGACCUCUACAUUACUGGUGUGGAGUAUGGCUUGAAGGCUCAAUUUCCUCAGUCGGAGGCGACAGACUACAUUAUCAGGGGUCGGCAAUACUUCACCGUCAAAGGUCCGAGGCUAUCCUUGACCAAAGAACACAAGACCAAGGUCGUUUAUGGACCGGAUCAUCGGCUUCAAGUGGCCAUAAGGCCAGGCCAACCUCGAUUAGAGAUGAGUCUGGAUCUUCCUAAAAGCAUUCAUCAAGGCGAGAUACGGAUCUUGAAGUUCACCUUGAAGAACACCGGCUUAGAGCCAAUGGCGAAUUUGUAUCUAGUGAGUCAAAAUCCUGGAAUGUUCUCUUUUGGAAAGGCUGGUAAAGCCCAAUCCUCACUGUUUGAAUGUCCCGUUAUCCAAGAUUCGGCCUUAAAGGUCUUAAAUGAUAAUGGCCAAUCGGUGGAGCAGCCUUUGGAUUUCCUCCCCGUUCCCGUGAAGAAGUCCAGGGUUGAAGCUGGUCAAGUUGAAACCUUGGAACUUUGGAUAAGAGGUCCGGACAAUCUAGCUUUACAUAGCUUCAAACUUUUCGUUUAUUACGAGAACCCAAAGCAUAUGCCCUCGCCAAACACCAAAAGCAAGGCCAAGGCUGUCUACCGGAUUCUGCGACGUGAGGCUGAAAUUAAAAUCCUACCAGCCAUAGUUGUGUCUGCGGAGAAGAAUCCGGUUUGCAUGUUCGAAAGUCAAACCUCGGAUUCGAUUCUACUCCACGUUAGCAAUAUCAGCAAGGACUUGUCUAGGAACCUCGACCAGAUCCAAAUCCACCACAUCUCAAUUGUGAGCCACGAUUACGAACUUCUUGAAUUUCAAUCCUUGAGUGAAGAUCGGUUUGUGAAGCGAGGCGACUCCAUAUCCAUCGGACUCAAAACCGCCAUUAAAUCCAGCUCGUUACAGAAAUCGUCCAGCGCUAGUGGAGGUUCAAAAGAUCUCUUAUUUUCCUCAAUGGGGGGCAAAGGGGCAGGAAGAUUGCAACACGCCCCCUAUCUGGACUUUCUCAAGCCAGCAUUUCAAUUCGGUCCCACGGUUCAAGCGCCGAAAUUGGACGAAGACCAGCUUGUGAUAUUUUGGGAAGGCAAUGGCCAAAUCCAAGGUCAAACCAUGGCUCCCAUUAAACCCAUGAAACUAAUCGAGUCAGGUCUUGAAGAUCACGUGGACUCUCCCAGAUCAACCACCAGCCCACUUUCCAUGCGUUCCAAAUACCCUUGUGAGCUAAAAUUGGAAGUGGAGCCGCGGAUAGAGCAUUCAUUCCAAAAAUAUCACCUCGCCAUGAUGCCUUGCAGGAUUCGGAUCCAUAAUCCCAAUCCGUAUCCUGGUGAUCCAAAUACCCUUGUGAGCUAAAAUUGGAAGUGGAGCCGCGGAUAGAGCAUUCAUUCCAAAAGUCUCCUCUCGCCAUGAUGCCUUGCAGGAUUCGGAUCCAUAAUCCCAAUCCGUAUCCUGGUGAUCUCCACCUUCAGUUAUCCCAAGCAAAUGGACUGACAAGUGAUACUCGAUUACCUUACAGUUUUGUGGGCUGUUUGAACAGUUCGAUGACAGUAGAUACACACGAAAGCAAAGUGAUCCCGUUCAAGAUUGCAGUGUCAUCUCCAGGAUUGUAUCAGUGUGUUGGGCUUCAGUUUCAGUUCAUUCAGGCAAACCAAGUCAUAGAUCGAGCCAAAACCAACCCGUUGGGAAAAUUCGUUCCGUUGGAUGUGAUCUUCACCACCUUGAAUGUUCCCAAUUCCGGAUAAUACUAAUGCUAUAAUUGUGUCUAUGUAGUUAUCCCAAUAUCUGAAUCGAACGAAUUGAAUAGACGAUUAACUGUAGCAAA